AUGGCGAUCACCGGUGAGAACAGUUGCGGUGAUGAUGACGACGAUGCACUUUACGCCGCCACCGAGAUGCUGGAGGCCAGAACGGGACUAGAUUUUAUAGUUUCCGCGCUCUCCCAUGAAAAGGAGAAUCCAGGUCCCGUCGCCUCAGUAGCAAACACUGGUGAAGCGUCUGGCCUCUGCCGCGGAGACGAUCGUCCCCAGCCCGCGCAUACUGCUAAGCCGGCCGUGCCGUCAGCAGCCGGACCGAGCGUCCGCUUGCCAUCUCACCCAAGCCUUCAAGCGGCAUGCCGCGACGAACAAGCACCAGUUGGCCAUCAAUCACCAGAAGCAGAUGCUAGCUCAGGCUGGGAUGCGCGGCUGUCGGACCUCAUGUGCAUGGCAUUGCUGCCGUACGAGCCCGACUGGGCGGAGGUGGUGAAGAUCUGGAGGGCGUACAAGAAGCGCAAGCCCAUCACAACAGUGGCAGCACCAAAGAAGCAACCUAGUGCUAAGGGGAAAGAGAAGGUGGACGAGGAUGAUGCUGGUGGUGCUGGCUCUGGGUGGGGGACAGAGACCCCCGUGCACAGGCACGGUUCUAUGAGCGAUGGUGGUGGUAGUGACGAAGAUGAAGAUAUGUGUGUGAUGUGA